UGCGCAGUCUUUUUUUUUCCUGCGCAGUCUUUGCGCAGUGGUGGUUCUCCUUGAACACGCGCGAAGAAAUCGACGCGUGCGCAGUGCGCAGCAACAAAUUCGGGCGCUGAGGAGGAAGCAAACUUUAUCAGAGACACGAGAAUAUUUUAAGGGAAAGACACAAGGAACGUAUGAAUUUAGUGACUCGUCUUGUUUGAAAACACGGCGCAAAGUUUGCGAUAUGGCUGAUAAGGAGGUUAAAGUUUACGACGAUGCGGUGGAAGAAAGGGUCAUCAAUGAAGAGUACAAGAUCUGGAAGAAAAACACCCCGUUCCUGUAUGACCUGGUGAUGACGCACGCGCUGGAGUGGCCCAGCCUCACUGCCCAGUGGCUUCCAGAUGUCAACAGGCCAGAGGGAAAAGACUACACUGUCCACCGGCUGGUUCUGGGGACCCACACAUCAGAUGAGCAGAACCACCUUGUGAUUGCCAGCGUCCAGAUACCAAACGAUGACGCCCAGUUUGAUGCGUCGCACUACGAUAGUGAAAAAGGAGCAGAAUUUGGUGGAUUUGGAUCAGUGAGUGGAAAAAUAGAGAUUGAGAUCAAAAUCAACCAUGAAGGAGAAGUGAACCGAGCUCGCUACAUGCCCCAGAAUCCCUGCAUAAUAGCCACAAAGACCCCCACAUCUGACGUUCUGGUAUUCGACUACACUAAGCACCCGUCAAAGCCAGAUCCCAGUGGGGAGUGUAAUCCUGACUUGAGGCUAAAAGGCCAUCAGAAAGAAGGGUAUGGCCUUUCCUGGAACCCAAACCUCCAUGGCAACCUGCUCAGCGCCUCUGAUGACCAUACAAUCUGUCUGUGGGACAUUGGAGCUGGCCCUAAAGAAGGGAAGAUAGUAGAUGCCAAGACCAUCUUCACGGGUCAUACAGCAGUGGUGGAAGAUGUUUCCUGGCACCUGCUCCAUGAAUCCCUGUUUGGCUCUGUUGCCGAUGACCAGAAACUAAUGAUAUGGGAUACACGGUCUAACAACACGUCUAAAGCCAGCCACUCAGUCGAUGCUCACACUGCUGAGGUCAACUGUCUCAGUUUCAACCCCUACAGCGAGUUCAUUCUUGCUACUGGCUCUGCUGAUAAGACUGUUGCACUGUGGGAUCUGAGGAAUCUCAAACUGAAACUCCACUCUUUCGAGUCCCACAAAGAUGAAAUUUUCCAAGUACAGUGGUCUCCUCACAAUGAGACUAUCCUGGCCUCCAGCGGCACUGAUCGACGUCUCAAUGUCUGGGAUCUCAGUAAAAUUGGUGAGGAGCAGUCUGCAGAAGAUGCUGAGGACGGCCCACCAGAGCUCCUGUUUAUCCAUGGAGGCCAUACUGCAAAAAUAUCCGACUUCUCAUGGAACCCAAAUGAACCCUGGAUCAUCUGCUCCGUGUCCGAGGACAACAUUAUGCAAGUCUGGCAAAUGGCGGAGAACAUCUUCAAUGACGAAGAGCCAGACAACACCCCCGCAGCAGAGCUGGAGGCUCAGGGGUGAGGGCUCAGGCUCCACGCAGGGUUCUGCCCAGGCACAGCUUCUUGUCCAGUCCCUGAGCCCCGGAGUGCAGCGCCGUCUCUGGUCCACCUCAAGUCCAAAACGAUUCACGGCCAUCAAGCUGCUUGCUCCCCAGUCUAGCAUUUUUUUUUUGGAUUCAAGAUCUUUAUGCUUAAAACUUAACCAAGCCCAGGGAUUCCAAAAUAAAAGGCACUUAACGUCUGGCUGGAGUUUAGGAUUCAAAACGCUGACCCUCUCAGGUGGAUUCAUCUCCAGUAUUUGUAUAGAAGUAUUUUGUGCUAAAAGAAGUUUGAAAGAGCAUAAAAUCUUUUCUGUUAAAAAAAAUACUAUUUUCAUAAUCUGCUAAUUUUAAAGGGCUUAUGCAAGAAAAGUGACUUGAAAAGAAAAUGUCUGCAAGUUGGCAGAAAACAUUUUUUUUAAACUUGGACAUAAAAAUCUGUUAGUAAAUGACAACUUUGAA